GUCAAUUGACAUAUUAAAAAUAAAAAUCAAAUCAACGCAUGCGUAUACUUACAAUCUAAUUCUAUGUUGAAAAAAAAAAAAGAGAAAUGACUUGGUAACACAUGCUCAUCCAUGCUCAUCAGUGUGUUCAACAAAAAAUGAUUGUGUGUAUGUUUAUAAUAUUUCCGGUAAAACUGUGUUAAAUUAAUGAUCGUGAUCUUCCAAAAGACUCAAGACUUUGAUACAUUAUUCUCUAAAAAUUUAAAUUAAAAACACAAAUUAAUAACAGUAUACAUUAUUAAUAAUUAAUAAUAACAUUAACAUAUACCUCAAAUUUAUAAAUACAUUUAGCCAAGUUUACUUUGAUAUACUUUUUAUAAGUCAAAUUUAUUUUUAUGUUUUUAUUGCGGUUUUGUCAAGUUGACAGUGAAUAAUAAUAAUUUUUAGAUGACUGUUAAAUAUAUCUCUCAAUUGGUUGUGUUGACACAUCAUGUAGCUUGAAAAAAAAAAUAACAACAUGACAAUUAAAGCUGGAUAAUAAUUGGAUUUUCUAUUAAUACUAAUUGAUGUGAAGAAAAAAUAAAAAUUAAGUGAACAAGAAGAUAAAUUAAAAGUGUGUUGUUUAAUUGUCUAAUGGGCUUACGAAUGAUAAAAUUAUUUUUUAUAAACAAUGAGGUUAGAGGAGCUACCAAUGCGAAUAAGUCCAGAAGAUCAUGAUUUUGAGAUGGAUGAAGAAACUGAUUAUCUUCUUCAACCAGCUGAUGACAGCAUGAGAUUAAAUGUCAAACGAUAUCGUAGAAUAAAUGCAUGCAACAGAUUUUUUAAACACUUUUUAUGUGGAUGUUGCAGCUGGAUGUGGCGAAGAUGGUGCAGAGACAGAGAAUAUCGAUCAAGAACAAUACACAUUGGUAAACCAAUGCAUGAAAAAUUUCCAGGAAAUGUCAUCAGGAAUCAAAAAUACAAUAUUAUUACUUUUUUACCACUGGUUCUAUUUCAACAAUUCAAAUUUUUUUUGAAUUUUUAUUUUUUAUUGAUGGCAAUAUCUCAAUUUUUUCCUGAAGUACGAAUUGGAUAUCUUUAUACUUAUUGGGGUCCACUGUGUUUUGUUUUGACUGUAACAAUAUGUCGUGAAGCUGUUGAUGAUUUUCGUCGUUAUAAACGUGAUAAAGAAGUCAAUGGACAAAAAUAUAAACGUCUAAUACGUGGUUGUGAUCAACCUGAACUAGUACCAAGCUCAAAAUUACGUGUUGGUGAUAUGAUUAUUGUUGAAAAAGGACAACGUGUACCAGCUGAUUUAAUUUUAUUACGUACAACUGAAAAAUCAGGUGCUUGUUUUGUACGUACUGAUCAGCUUGAUGGUGAAACUGAUUGGAAAUUACGUUUAGCUGUACCAGCAACUCAAAAGCUUGAUAAUGAUUUACAAUUAUUUGAUAUUAAAGCAAAUUUAUAUGUUGAAAAACCACAAAAAGAUAUACAUUGUUUUGUUGGUACAUUUACAAGAGAAGAUAGUUACAGUAGUGAAGAAAGUUUAGGUGUUGAUAAUACACUUUGGGCAAAUACUGCUGUUGCAUCUGGUUCAGCAUUGGGAAUAAUUGUUUAUACUGGACAAGAAACAAGAUCACUUAUGAAUCAUUCAGCACCAAGAUCUAAAAUUGGUCUUCUUGAUGCUGAAAUAAAUCAAUUAACAAAAGUUUUAUUUCUUGCUGUUAUUGCAUUGUCUUUUGUAAUGAUAUGCCUGAAAGGUUUUAAUGGACCAUGGGGAAUUUAUAUGUUUAGAUUUACAUUAUUAUUUUCCUAUAUUAUACCCAUUAGUUUACGUAUUAAUUUAGAUAUGGGAAAAUUAUUUUAUGCAUGGUGUAUACAACGUGAUAAAAAAAUAUCUGGUACAGUUGUACGUACAACAACAAUACCUGAAGAACUUGGUAGAAUAUCGUAUUUAUUAAGUGACAAAACAGGCACACUAACACAAAAUAAAAUGGUAUUUAAACGUUUGCAUUUAGGCACAGCAUCAUAUGGACAAGAUACAUUUGAUGAAAUAUCAUCUGUAUUAAAAAAUUAUUAUCGUUCAAAUGAAGAAAUUGAUGAUGAUACUGAUAAUAAUGUAUAUAAUACAAAUACACAAUUUACUGGAAAAGUUAGAAAAUCAGAAAGUACAAGAAUUUAUGAUGCUGUACAUGCAUUAGCACUGUGUCAUAAUGUAACACCAGUAUAUGAUAUAACAGCUGGUAAUAAUUUAGGUGAUACAUUGAGUAUUGCAACAGUUGAAACAGUUGAAACUGGAUCAAUACAAAGUAAAACUGAAUCAGAUCAGCAUUACUAUCCAGAACAAACAAUACGUAAUUAUCAAGCAUCAAGUCCAGAUGAAGUUGCACUUGUUAAAUGGACAGAAGAAGUUGGUUUAACAUUAUAUAAAAGAGAUUUAAAUUUAAUACAAUUACGUGCUGUUAAUGAUAAAAUUCUUGAUUAUAAAAUACUACAAAUAUUUCCAUUUACAUCUGAAUCAAAACGUAUGGGUAUUAUCGUUAGAAAUGAAAUAACAAUGGAAAUAAUUUUUUAUUUAAAAGGUGCUGAUGUUGUUAUGUCAGGUAUUGUACAAUAUAAUGAUUGGCUUGAUGAAGAAUGUGGUAAUAUGGCUAGAGAAGGUUUACGUACACUUGUUGUUGCUAAAAAAAAUUUAACUGAUAUACAAUAUCAAGAUUUUGAAACACGUUAUAAUGCAGCAAAAUGUGCUGUUAAUGAUCGUCCAUCACGUGUUGCUGCUGUUAUUGAAAGUCUUGAAAGAGAAAUGGAAUUAUUAUGUGUUACUGGUGUUGAGGAUAGAUUACAAGAUCGUGCAAGACCAACACUUGAAUUAUUAAGAAAUGCUGGUAUUAAAAUAUGGAUGUUAACUGGUGAUAAACUUGAAACAGCAACAUGUAUUGCUAAAUCAUCAACACUUGUUGGACGUACACAAGGUUUACAUAUAUUUAAAUCAGUAACAACAAGACCAGAUGCGAGAUUAGAAUUAAAUGCAUUUACUAAAAAACAAGAUUGUGCAUUAGUUAUAUCUGGUGAUUCAUUAGAUGUUUGUUUGCAAUAUUAUCGUACAGAAUUUAUGGAACUUGCAUGUGGUUCACCAGCAGUUGUUUGUUGUCGUUGUUCACCAACACAAAAAGCUGAAGUUGUUAAACUAAUACAAGCACAUACUGGUAAAAGAACAGCUGCUGUUGGUGAUGGUGGUAAUGAUGUGUCAAUGAUACAAGCUGCUGAUGCUGGUAUUGGUAUUGAAGGACUAGAAGGUAGACAAGCAUCACUUGCAGCUGAUUUUUCAAUAACACAAUUUAGUCAUUUAUCAAAUUUAUUAUUGGUACAUGGUAGAAGAAGUUAUGAAAGAUCAGCAGCACUAAGUCAAUUUGUUAUUCAUCGUGGCUUAAUUAUAUCAACAAUGCAAGCUGUAUUUUCAGCAGUAUUUUAUGUAUCUUCCAUAUCCCUUUAUCAGGGUAUACUUAUGAUUGCAUAUGGUACAAUAUAUACAAUGUUUCCAGUAUUUUCACUUGUACUUGACAAAGAUGUAUCACGUGAUGUUGCUAUACGUUUUCCAGAAUUAUAUAAAGAUUUAAGCAAAGGACGAUCUUUAUCAUAUAAAACAUUUUUCAUUUGGAUAUUAAUAAGUACCUAUCAAGGUGGAGCAAUUAUGUAUGGAGCAUUUUAUGUAUUUGAAGAUGAAUUUUUCCAUAUUGUUGCUAUUAGUUUUACAGCGUUAAUAUUAACUGAAUUAAUUAUGGUUGCAUUAACAAUUAGAACAUGGCAUCAUAUUAUGGUACUUGCUGAAGUAUUUUCACUUAUACUUUAUCUAUUAUCACUUAUAUUUUUAAAAGAUUGUUUCGAUACUGACUUUAUCACUACGAAAGACUUUCUAUGGAAAGUAUCACUUAUUACAUUGGUCUCGUGUUUACCACUUUAUAUUCUUAAAUUUUUAAGAAAAAAAUUCUCACCACCAAGCUACACCAAAUUGUCAUAGAGACUUUUUAUUUAAAAAUAUUUUAAUGUACAUUUAACAACCAGAACAAAUUCAAAAAAAAAAAAAACGAAUAAUAAGAAUACGAUUUAAUAAUUUUUUUUUGUUUUUUUCUUUUAAAUUAAGUAUUAAUAAAAAAUAAAUAUUAAUUAAGCUUUAGAGCACAAAUUUAUGAAUGUUUUUUUUUUUUUUUUUUCUAAAUGACUAUUCCAAUGAAAAAUAAAACGAAAAAAAAAUAAUUAGAAUCGAAGAUUUAUCGAGAGCUGUGAUUUUUUGGGGAACUGAAAAAAAAACUACAUUUUUUCUAAACUUGUUUUAUUUUUCAAAACUUAUAAUUUGUUUUUUUUUUUUUCCACUUAUCUUUUUACAUUGUAACUUUAAUCAUUGUUAUUAUCGUCUAAUAUAAAAUAUUAUUUGCUAAUUAUUAUUAUUAAUGUCAUCAAUAUGACUCGGUUGAAUUUG